GUGUCUGGUACUCUAGCCUUCUUUUAUGUCUCCGCUUGUUCUUUGAUCUUAUCCGUGGAAGAUGUCUAUAACGGAAGCAAACACCGAUACAGAGCGCAAGACUAUCUCACCCUACGAUGAAUGGGCAACUAAAUUUCUUAUGAAAGUGUUGAAACUCACAAUCAAGAAGUUUAGAUCUACUGAUAAAAGUAUUACAGAACCGGCGGCAAGUUCUUCUACGCUUGAAGUCUGGAACGGUCGAUAUUCCGCAGUCCGUAACUUGUUGGGUCUCUUACAAAUGUCACUUGAAGAGACUGAAAGCAAAUGGAAAGAUAGAAUAAGCUUAUUACCAGACUCCUUGCUAUGUCACAUACUCAGUUUUCUUACGACUAUGGAAGCUGUUUGUACAAGUGUUUUGUCUUCCAGAUGGAGAGGUCUCUGGAAGUGGGUUCCUAGUUUAGAUUUAGUGAGCUCAGAUUUCCCAAGUGACAAAGUGUGUGUGGAUUUCAUCAACGAGUUUCUUCUAAAUUUCAAGACCUUGAGUGAAUUCAAGCUAUGCAUUAUUGAAAAAGAUGACUCUGACAAUGAUGCCUCUCUUUAUGAGCCAUGCCUUGAUAAAGUGACCAAGCACAGGAUUCAACAUAUUGAAGUCGUGUGUUAUAAGGACACUGAGAUACCCUUAACCCUUCCCGUGUGUGAGGCACUGGUAUCCUUAAAGCUCUAUUCCGUAAAGCUGAAUGAUUUUGAGUCUCUUUCCUUACCUUGUCUCAAGGUUAUGUGCUUAGAACAUGUUAUAUUUCCUCACAAUGCGGUUCUUGAUACGCCGAGGCUUGAACACCUGACUCUCACAGGUUGUCAAUCCGAAAGCUUCAUGAUAAUCAAACGUAUGAGUGACCAUGUCAAGGUUGACAUUGAGGUUGUCUUUGAGCCGAAGGAUUAUGACUUCUCCGAAAGAAAUAUCAUAUAUUAUCUUAUCAAUAAUUUUUCAGCCGUAAAAGAUAUGACACUCUCAUGGUAUACUCUUGGGUUAAUCUAUUGUCUCCAGGGCAUGAACCCACUACCUAAAUUUCGUAACUUGACCCGUCUGCGUGCUACUACUUGGUUAGAGUACUCUUUUGAGUUACUACCGUUCGUUCUUGAGAGCUGCCCGAAUCUAAGACACUUGACCUUGAAACUGGUUGAGGGUAAUAAUUUAGAGGCAGUGGUAAAUAGUUUUUCGAAAGUGCUGUCUUUUUGUUUGGUAUCUUCUCUUGAAUAUGUUGAUAUUGAAAGUCCGAUCACGGAGAAAGCAAGAGAAGAGGAAGUGGUUAGAUACUUUCUAGGCAACGCGACAUCACUCAAGAAGCUUGUUCUACGUUUGAAUGUGUCUGAUGGAGAGAAGCACGACCUCGAGGUCUUGAAGCAACGCUUUGACUCUCCAAGACGCUCUAGUUUGUGUCAGUUUGAUGUUCUUCUUGUGGUUCAGACUCCAGAUAAGAUGAAGGAACUGUAAUAAAGUGUGUGGGAAACUAAUACAAUCAUAGUACAAAAGCAAGCGUUGGCAUGAUGAUAUCUUGGAAUAAUCACAAGAAAACGAGUUAUUUAUUUAUUUAAGAAUUACAAUGGCUUCAUCUUCGUCA